AUGCCCUCAAUUGAACAUCUCAGGUCUCUCACGCUUGAUCUGCCGCCCAGUUGCGUGGAAUUCUGGCCCGAUGACGAACAUUAUGCCGUCGUUGGGACAUACAACCUUGAGUCGGAAGUCCCCGCACAAGACGCGCCAAAGCCAACAACCCAACGACGCAAUGGAAGCUUGAUCCUUCUCCACGUAGAAGGCGACGAUGUCCAUAUUGCUCAAACAUUUUCUACGCCUUCGGCGAUUCUAGACCUCCAUUUCGGUACGCUACAUUGUCGAAAGAAUCUUUUCGGAGUGGCAACAUCUACCGGUUCCAUUGGAAUAUAUCAACUGAAAGAUGAGCGCGAUUCGCAUAUGUACCGCGAACCUAGCAUGCAUCCGAGAAUGGAACACAUCAAAACGGUCGAAUACUUCCCCGACGAUGUUCUCAUAACUGCGUUCUCCUGGCAUCCGACAGAUUUGUCAGUCGGGAUGACACUGUCUACUGGACAAGUGUGUUUAGGGAAGAUUGAUCUCCGCGAGGAUGUGAGCUGUGCCUCAAGUGUUGAGUUAGCAGCGCACGAUCUGGAGGCUUGGACGCUAGCAUUUUUGCCUGAUGGCUCUGGCGCAUAUUCCGGCGGUGACGACAGCGCGCUUCAGUUUGCGGAAGUAACCGUCAACUGGGAAUAUCACCAGGACCACUCUGUUCAGCCAGAGAACGGAGCGCCCAGGAAAAUGCCUUGGAUGGACAAAAAGAUUCACGGAGCAGGAGUGACUGCGAUACUUCCACUGCAUUCCGACGAACAGCGGGGUCUUGUGCUCACUGGAAGCUACGACGACCAUAUACGACUUAUCAACGCACCCGCCGCCGGCCGAAGAACAGUACUGGCGGAAAUGAAUCUAGGUGGAGGAGUAUGGCGUCUGAAACGAUUGGACGUCCAAACAACCUCAGUCAUUCCUGCGGAUCAAGUUCCUACCGAGGUCCUACUGCUCGCUAGCUGCAUGCAUGCGGGGACGAGAAUCGUCAGUCUUUCUCAGAGCGGAAAAAAUGAGUGGCAAUUUGAGGUUCUCGCCCAGUUCGAAGAGCAUAAGAGCAUGAACUAUGGGAGCGAUUGUCAACCAGGGCUCAAUGAGAAAGGACAAAGGACAUUCGUUACAACAAGUUUCUACGACCGGUUGCUCUGUCUUUGGAGAUAUUGA